GUGGUGCUGGGGAUAUGGAAUCCAUAGUUCACACCAGGUGGUGCUGGGGGUAUGGAAUCCAUAGUUCACACCAGGUGGUGCUGGGGAUAUGGAAUCCAUAGUUCACACCAGGUGGUGCUGGGGAUAUGGAAUCCAUAGUUCAGACCAGGUGAUGCUGGGGAUAUGGAUCUUUAGGAGUCACAGCAGGUGGGCCCUGCUUCUAAUCUUUCUUUCCGUCUUCCUCCACGGUGUGGCCUGCUACCUCAUGCUUCUGCUGCUAUGCCUUUGCUAUCAUAACAGACCAACACCCCCUGAAAUGGUGAACCCCAGGAAACCUUUUCUCCCCUGAGGUGGUUUUGUCAGAGCAAUAGGAAGAGUAAUACAUAAGCACAUUGACUCAUCUUCCUCUCUGGAGAGAGGAAGAGACAGACAGAAACAGACACCAUCAUUCUAGAGUAGAAAUGUUUUAGGAAGGAAAGUGAAGGAUGCAAGUCUCUCUGGCUGUUCCCAGUCUCUAGUCCUGAGGAAUGUUCACUACUCAGUCACAUUCAAGCAUAAGAGUUCUUUGCACACACUGUCAGACCAUGUAGACAGUGGAAAUAUUCAUGGAGAACACAGCAUUCCUAGAACCAAACUAGUUGGCUUGAAGAAUGAUAGUAAUGCUUGAAAAAUAAGAAAGAGAACUUGUAAAUUAAAAAAAAAUAUCAAGAAAAUGGGGUUGGAGAUAUGGCACAAUGGUUAAGAGCAUUGGCUGCUCUUGCAGAGGACCCAGACUCAGUUUCCAGAACCCACAGGGCAGUUUACAGCCGUCUGUCCCAGGGGAUCAGGCACCCUCUCCUGGUUUCUUCGAGUACUGCGCACACACACUCAGCGCACUUACAUAAAGGCAAAACAGUCACACACAUAAAACAGAAGGCUGGGAUGUCGCUCUGCUGACAGACGGCUUGCUUAGCAUAUGUGAAGUCCUGGGUUCCACCCCCAGCGCCACAGACACCGGGUAGUGACAGGAAGUCUGAAAUUUCAGCAAGUGGAGUGGAGAGGAUUCAAGUUCAAGAUCACCCUUGGCUACAUAUCAAACUCGAGGUCAGCCUGGGCUACAUGAGACCUUGUCUCCAAAAGGAAAAUGGGGACUAAAGAUAACAGAGGGGAAUGGAAGAAGAAUAUGCAGAGAUUCCUAGAAGCCAGAACACAAUGGAGAAAGAGAUAAACAACGAGAAAGAAAAAUUGUGAAAACAGGAAGAAUGCCUAAGAAAGCAAGGAUUCAAGCAGCUAAUGACGGGGUUACUGAGAGCAGAGGAGGAAAGAACGUGAUGUGUCCACACUGAAGGAAAGCAUGUUCUCUAGAACUGGGGAGGGUAGGUUUGGUAGAAAGGCUCUAGAGUCUAGGCAGAUCACAGGCAAAAACGGCUGAGUGGGUUUCCCGAGAAGAGGUUGUAGUGAUGGAGUGAAGGUCUCCUGGGAACUGGGCUGGUGGUGUGUGUGUGUGUGUGUGUGUGUGUGUGUGUGUGUGUGUGUAGCCAGGACGGGAGAGUCACUCAUAAGAGACUUGAGAAUCAGAUGGCCUCAGGCCACAUGGAGGGACCUUAUUUUCCUUCUUCACAACUGUUUCUACCUGUCAGUAAGAUUAUCCUUAUUUCUGCCGUCCUUCAGGAGCUGGGUCCCCUCACCAUUCCCUUUGGUGGGGAGUCAGACCCCCUUCUUCCAACCUCUCUCACGCUUCCCUACAAGUCUCUCAGGUCUUCUGAGCCUUGAGCCAAGCAAGCCCUGGAGAAGCUCCCUGCCCCCAGCCUUGGAGAUUCCCACCAGCCUAACUCUAUCGGCCCCUAUGGUUACUGGAGAGCCCACGUGACUGUAUGACAGAUGUUUCCUGCCCCUGGGGGCCUGCAGUGUCCGUGGGGAGGUAACUCAGAACCGACUCUGCCCAGCCAUGGGCUGCUACCUGCCGCUGCUGCUGCUGCUGCUCCUGGGACUGGCAGGUCAGGGCUCAGCUGACAGCCGCCCCGAAGUGCUCCAGGCACCCGUGGGGUCGUCCAUUCAGGUGCAUUGCCGCUACCGGCUCCAGGAUUUGAGGGCUCACAAGGUGUGGUGCCGGUUCUUGCAAGAAGUCUGUCAGCCACUGGUGACCUCCGCUGUGGACCGAAGAGCCCCAGGAAGUGGGCGCACAUUCCUCACUGACCUGGGUGGGGGGCUCCUGCAGGUGGAAAUGGUGACCCUGCAGGAAGAGGACACAGGGGAGUAUGGCUGUGUGGUGGAGGGAGCCGCCGGGCCCCAGACCCUGCAUAGGGUCUCCCUGCUGGUGCUUCCACCCGUUCCUGGCCCAGGAGAGGAGGAGGAAGUAGAGGAAGAAGAAGAGCGCUAUAAAACUGGAAGUCUGCCAAAGGAUCCCUCCUUGGACCCUGAGGGGAGUGCUAGUCCUCACGAGUUCAUAAGGCCUGAGAACAGUAUCCCCCUGAUCUGGGGUGCGGUGAUUCUGCUGGGCCUGCUGGUGGUGGCUGUGGUGCUGUUUGCGGUGCUAGCCAGAAGGAAAGGGAACAGGCUUGGUGUCUGUGGCCGGACCCAGAGCAGUGGAGUUUCAGGCAUGGAACCCUCCUCAGCAGCCCACCACAGCAGUGACUCUGGACUGGCCGCCGGACUGCCCACGGAUGUACCAUAUGUGAGGCUAGACUCCCCGCCUUCCUUUGACACCACCUACACGGGCUUUGCUCUUGAUCCUCCAACAAGGAAACCCCCAGCCCCACCCCUCCAGCCCCCUCUGCCUCCUAAGGUUCUGAAGUCAUCCAAGCCUGUGACAUAUGCCACAGUUGUCUUCCCAGGAGGGGACAAAAGUGAAGGAGCCUCUGGUGAGCCUGCUCCAGAUCCACCAAACAGUCAAACCCCACCCAGCUAAAUAAUACACCUUAACAUACUCUGGGGAUCAGCCCUGGGGCGUCCUCUGCAGCCGUCCAACAUGCCCAGAGUGUGUGAGCAAAUGGUGUGACUUAGGGAUCUGGUCUAGUAUCUUGGCUUGGUGGUCAUAGGAAGUGGUUCUCAGAUAUGGUUGGGGUGUUUGGGGAGGAACUCUGCCUGCCAUUGGUGCUGGUUCUGCUGUCAUU